AUGAAGUGGCACCUUACACGAGCGGUAGAAAUAGGGUUCUUGCUGUGCUUAGCGUCCAAGGCGAUUGGCUGCUGUGGCCUCGAACAGGGGGAGGCCGCCGAUGCUAUUGACAAAACUUACAUCAAAAUCGCUGCCGCGGAGGCAUCCUCAGUUUACCCGAGUGUCGGAACCAAUGGCAUGAGGGAGUAUUCACCUGACCAGGCCCUGACCAAGGGCUCUGGCUACUGGAGCUCCGAAGGGAACCACAAAAAUGACGUUGUGAGCUGGACAGGAAUUCUGACGAAUAGACGUACGGUGGAUGGAAUCAACAUCAACUGGGCGUACGCACCGGGGAAAGUUUCGAUUGCGGUCAGUUUCGAUGGGAAGGAACCGUUCCAAGAGGUGGUACCAUUUCAAGAUGUGAACGCCCCAAGCGGUACGGAGCUGCAACCAAAUAACCAGCUGAAGCUGUUGAAGGGAGGCAGUUUCUGUCUGUCACAGGAGGGCUCCAAGGCUGGAAUGACUAAUGUCGCGAAAGACAAGCAGGCCAAAGCGAGCCAUCCAAGGCCAGGCGAUACCAGCCACGGGCCUGGGUUCGCAAUCGAUGGCCACUCGGAGACAUACUGGGCCUCGCAAAACUUUCCGGCAAACGCGGUGCCAGCUGCAGUGUUCUUUGACAUCGACUUGGGGGAAAAGUACAAGCUGAACACCGCAGCAAUCGACUGGGAGUAUCCAGCUAUGAGCUACUCAAUCACCAUCAGCGAAGAUGGCAAAGCGUUCACACCCUGCACGAGCAAUCAUGUGAACAGUCUGUAUAGCACUCUCGAUGAUCUGAAAAGUCAAGUGGGACGCUACGUCCGCCUGACGUUGGAGAAGCCCCAUCCUGUAAAUGGACGAAUCGACAACGACCUUCUUUAUGGCAUUCGCGAGUUCGCCAUAUACAGCAACAGGCUGCGGUCCAUUGUUCAGAGCUGUGGUGUAGCUAAAAACUCUAGUGAUGCUAGAGAUAAGUAUUUUCUAGAACUCGUUGCAGAGGUCGACUUCACUUCAGGAAACGAACUUCACAAUGCCGGCGAAGCUGUUGCACGGGCGAGCGCACAGGUUGCUCAACACGAAACGGAAUUAGAGGCGGCUAUGCCGAUGCUGGCUACCUGCAAGGCGGACAAGGAACAGGCGAAGGAGAAACUGGUCUCCUUAGAAGCCAAAUAUGGCUCGCUUUCCGACCAGUUAGCUGCCUUAGUCAUCAACCCAUCUGUUAUUCUCGUGAAGAAAUCCAUCCUCUCCCCAGCCUAUGGCCUCGAGCCGAUUCAUCUGCACAGCGCGAACCAACUCGCUUCACUCCACCGAAUGCUGAAGUUCAUCGGAGUCGACUUAAACAAUCCGGUUCCCCUGGGAAUCAGCAACGGACGUGGCGCGUUCUACUCUCUUGACAUGAAGAAAGACAUCACGGGCUACGUUAUGGGAGCCAAUGCUCGGGAGGCCCAAGAUGCCAAUACCGUCGGCAUCGGAGGCGAAGGGCUCGAGUUCUUCGACUCCUCGGAAGUUGAGAUGUCUGCAAUAAUAUGUUCGACAAACCAGGACGCGCUGAAUCCACCACCGGCAUACAUGGACAUUUCUUGCGCCACGCCUCCUGGCGGGAACGCCGCUUUCGAUGGCCCGCCUGGCACUUCCUUGACGGUGAAAUGUCCACAAAACUGCCUUUUCAGUGGAGCUGGGAUCUGGAAAGUAGGGGAGGCACCGGUGGGUGGACGCGGAGGGCGGAGAAUCUUAAGCCAGACAGCGGUGGUAGCUCCAGCCAAUCCUGGCAUUGCGGCUGUGGGCACAUAUGCGAGUGUCAGAAAUAAGAGGUUUUUUGAUGGCAUCCUCUCCACCGAUGUGUACAUUUCCGGCUCCGGUUCGGUUGGCAUCGGCUUCCGGAUGAAGGACUUCGAAAACAUGUUCCUUUUCGAAAUGCGGCAGGCAAAUGGCGGAUUCAAGAGACUCCUUCGCAUUGCUGAUGGAACUCCGAUCGAAGUGGCCCGCGUCGACGAUGGCGGCUAUUUGGAGGGGAAAUGGUACACAGUUCGGAUCGAGAUGAGAGAGGCACGCUUGCGGAUCAGUGUGGUGGAGGAAUCGACAGCACCCGUCGUUGUUGAGCCUGAGGCAAUAAUCGAUUUGAUAGACGGUUCUUUCAUGUCCGGUUCUAUUGGCUUCUUCACUAGUGAAGUUGAUGGUGCAUACUUCGACAUGGUCCGUGUAGAUGCCCUUCCCUGUGGCAUUGUCGGAGCAGUAUUCAAGUAUAUGGACCCGCACAACUAUAUGCUGUUCGAAAUGAGCCCCACUUUUGCCCGCUUGAGGAAGAGGGCUGAUGGCUUGUUCACCACUGCAGCCAAGUCGUUCCUUGGAGGUUACAAGAUAGGGGAGUGGAACAACAUUACAAUCACGUUCAACGGAGGAACUGUCGUCGUGAAUGCGGGCCGAGGCGGAUCUCCCAUUCCAAUCUUUAGUGUUAUUGGCAGAGAGGAUACCGUCAACCACGUCUGCCUGAAAAAACACUGUCUGCCUCCGAAGCAUCCGCUCCAGGAAAAUCGCAUAGUUCCGAACCCCUUCAGCUCAGCUGUCUCUGUCUUCACGGAGGUUGACACAGAGGGAGAAGCUGGCGUGCAAACGUGUCUCAACAGGAAACAUGCCCUCGAGAGGUAA